ACGCGACAAUGACAACUUCAAUUGCAAUUCGCGAACUGCGACGAGUUCAAUGCCAUUUUUUCUUAGCUCAAUGAACCCAUUACGCCCCUUUGCGAUCGGAGCCGUUUCCGAAUGAAUUGCGCAUGUACGAGCCGUUGGGCACAAUUCCGUCCCUGGCGCUUAAGGACUCGCAAUACGUGUUUUUCUCCGAGAAGCUCAUGGCCUUGCUUCCGCAGACGCUGAUCCAGCAUGCACAUCGCCCCUUGACGUAAAGUAUCUAUUAUGGGAUCCGCUAUCUAUAUAAGAGAAUCUCCAGUGGCUUUCCCGACCAAAGAUCGCAACUGCAGGUCUCGCCUUGUCCGUUGCACUUUGACCCCCCAUCAAGAAUGGCUGUCUUUGUAGCUGUUGCGAGUUUUACGGUUCUGUGCUGGGAUCACAUAAUCACCUUUGCGGAUGAGGUAGCCCUUAUCUGGUGUAAACGUAAAGGACCUCUUGGGUACCUCUUUCUGCUGAAUCGAUACAUCACGCCCCUGGGGUUUAUCGUCAAGAUCGUUGCCUUGACCCUCCCCACUUGGUCCACAGAAAGCUGCAGAAAAUUUAUCAGAUUCGAAGGGGCCAUGGCGACCAUUGGUGUCAGUAUAGCGGAAUUGAUUAUGCUGUUGCGGGUUUAUGCUUUGUGUUUGUGGCGAAGUCGCAGGCUCGCCACUGCGAUCCCUUGUCUCAUCUUCUUAGUCUGGGUUGCACUCGAGGCGUGUUUGAUGACUCGUGGCGAAAUAGUUUCCCAUGCUCAACAAGUACACUCCUGCCGUGAGGUUUAUGACUUGCCGCCGUAGGAACUCAUCGUCAUGCUAGUUUCUUAUUCUUACUCACCAUAUCGUGACAUCAGGGGGCUCUCUGCUGCUCGAGCGUGGCUGCCUUUGGCAUACAACACUGUCAUUUUUGUCAUGACCCUAUGGUCCAUCUUGCCCAGUAUUCGGAAUAGAGAAGCUGGAUGUAUCUUGCAUAUACUUCUGUCAGAUGGUACAUUAUACUAUACCGUCAUUUGUCCUGCCAAUCUAGUACUGACUGUG